AUGGAAAAGAUACCUGUUCUGGGCCUGGGCACCUGGAAAGCGGCUCCAGGGGAUGUGACACAGGCAGUGAAAGUGGCAAUAGAUGUGGGAUAUCGGCACUUUGACUGCGCAUACCUGUACCACAACGAAAGUGAGGUUGGAGCCGGGAUCCAGUGCAAGAUCAAGGAGGGUGUGGUACAGCGGGAGGACUUGUUCAUUGUCAGUAAGCUCUGGUGCACCUACCAUAAGAAGUCCUUGGUGAGGGCAGCCUGCUCCCAGACUCUGAAGGCCUUGCAGUUGGAGUACUUGGACCUCUACCUCAUACACUGGCCCAUGGGUUUCAAGCCUGGAGGAAAAGACUUGCCCUUGGAUGGCAGUGGCAUGGUGAUCCCGAGUGACACAGAUUUCCUAGACACGUGGGAGGCCAUGGAGGCCCUGGUGACUGCAGGGCUGGUGAAAGCCAUUGGGGUGUCCAACUUCAACCAUGAGCAGCUGGAGAGACUUUUAAAUAAACCCAGUUUGAGGUUCAAGCCACUGACAAACCAGACUGAGUGCCACCCAUAACUUGCUCAGAAGGAUCUGAUUAGCUUCUGCCAGUCCAGAGAUGUGUCUGUGAUUACUUACCAGCCCCUCGGGGGUUCCAGUGAGGGGGUAGACCUGAUGGACAACCCUGUGAUCCAGGCUGUGGCACAGAAGCAUGAGAAGUCUUUGGCACAGAUUUUGAUCCGGUUUCAGAUCCAGAGGAAUGUGAUCGUCAUCCCCAAAUCUGUCUCCCCAAAGCGGAUUCUUGAGAAUAUCCAGGAAGGUGUGUUUGACUUUGAAUUAACAGAACAGGACAUGAAUGACCUCCUCAGCCUGGACAGGAACCUGCGGCUGACGACAUUCCCCACAGCUGCAAAUCACAAGGACUACCCUUUCCAUGUCGAGUACUGA